ACUUUGUUUAUUUAUGUGACAAAUAACAUUUUAUUUUAUUUUACUGUGCGGGACCUUUAAUCCACUCAAACAUCAGUAAUACAAAACACAAACAAAAAACGCUCAGUCCUUCAAAAUACACUCAGAGCCCUACUCAGAUCUGGUGACAUGAGAGGACGGAACUGCUGCUCCAGUCAGCAAGCCAUACGUCCUUCAUUCCCAAGAAGCGUUCAGCUGCAGAUACAAUGAUUAUUGAUCUUUCCACUCCUGCAGUGCGGGUUAUCGACAUAGCAAUAAAUGCCAAACGAUCUACUUUCUUCACAACACGGGUAUCUGGAUCCUGUAUCUUGUGAACGGCACCCAUAUCACUAGACUGUGGUGUCUCCAGGACAACCAAACCACUAGAACAUCUCUUAUCCUAGCCAUCUCUGCCUCCUUCACCCUUACAGAACAUUCAGAGAAGUCAUGUGCAUGCUUCCCACCACAAUUGCGACAUCCAACGUCAUCAUCUUCCGCAGGAAAAAUAAUCAGUCAAGCCAUGCUCUCUCCAAACACUUGACACAAUGUCAUGCCCAAAUGGUUUGCAGUUGGAACACUGCAGUAACCUGGGGACAAAUGCCCUCACAUGGUAACUUACAUAUCCCAUCUUGACAUGUGUAGGGAGCGGCUCCACAUCAAAAACUGUAACACAGACCUGCUCUUUAUCUUCUUUUCAUUGAACAUAAUCGUCAAGCCCCAACUACUUCAGAAAUGUUCAUUCUUCUCAGCCCCAACUUCCACAAAUACUCCAGAAAUAACACCCUUGAUCGGUGCCCUGCUCUGAAAAUCGAAAGAAGUCACGUCUUUCUCCUUGAUUCUGUGAGGCGCAAUACACGCUCCGUUUGUUUUACCAAAGAAAUCUACAAAAUUCAACUCCUGGUCCCCCUCACAGAUUCUACAGAACCCAUCACUUUCUUCACCAUCUUGGCAACAUCAAAGCAGAUCUCCCAGGUACAUCUUCCCAUCCUCAAACUGCACUCCUACUACAAAACUGGUAAGUAGUUGUGACAUGAGGAGUAUGCUAACUAGACAGCGUUUUAACUGGGAUUUUAGCUCUCUUUAUCCAUGCUUUAGCGACUGUAGUCCAUCCAGUAUUUUCAGCACCCUCAUUGUCAUCUUUGCUAGCGCCAUCAAAUUCUAAGUCAGUAUCCACUUCUGCCGUUCUCUCUCACACUGACAGAUCCCAACAUCUACCGUUGGAGUCAUGAAACCCACAAUAACAUCUGCUAAAUAGAUGUAUGUGACCAAUAACAUUUCAUUUUAAUUGAUUUGAGAAGGGUUAGCCUUGCACAGGUGAGAGUGAUUAGUCAAUCAGUGCAUACUCUAUAAACAGGUGUCAGAAGAAAUUCUUAAACACUUUCUGAAGGUGAGUGUGUGGGCUGUAACUCAGUAGCCCAUGGAUUUGACUUGUUCUGUGAUUGCAAGUUAGUCUUUGAAGUCCCUAAAGAAACUAGGCCUUUUCAUCUCAACCUUUGUUUUUACGGCAUUACGCAGAGAGGGAAGAUGCUUCACCUGACAAAAGGAUGUGUGGGGUGCUUGCUUUUCAGGCGAGCAGUUUUGGCACUGACCAACAGUGGUGCAAGGAUGUCAAGCCAUGACCACCACGAGGUCUCCAACAACUUGGACAUGUCCCAGCCAAUGUACUCGGAUCGUCUGGACAUCCCUCUGCCAGACAGACCAUGGAAGGAUGUCCUCGACUCUACGGAUAAGAACCUGAAACAGAAGGAGAAGGGUCCCUGGACUGCGCUGUCCAAGGAGGAGAAAAUUGCCUUGUACAGGCUGAAGUUCAACCUCACCUAUCCUGAGAUGAAGAGGCCGUCCCAUGAGUGGAAAACUGUGAUUGGUGGGAUGUUCAUAGUCUUUGGCAUCACUGGUCUGGUGGUCUUUUGGCAGUGCCACUAUGUGUACCCACCCCAACCUCCUACCUUUGAUGAGGAGUGGCAGGCUAAGCAGCUCCAGAGAAUGCUGGAUAUGCGGACCAACCCAAUCGAGGGCCUCUCUUCCCAGUGGGACUACAAGAACAAACAAUGGAAGUAAAGGAAGGGAAUAGACCGCUGCUGGAAGGAGGAAUGGUUCGACUUGACACCUUGAGCCUCUGUUCAGCCGCCAUAAUGGCAAUCCAUCCAUUCUCUUACGGUUUAAGUAAUACAUGACUAAACUGGUUUCCUUCUCUCUCCAUCUGAGAAAAUAACAGUAUAUUAUGGGCUGCUUGUCCUCAACCUAAUUUCUGCUUUAGUGUUCCUGUGGUCGUCUGUCUGUUUUGGCCGUAAGUGAAUGUGUCAGGACCAACAACAAAGAAACAGCCUACAUUUGUUUUAUCCCCUUGCUGAAACUCUCUAGAGGAAUUUCUACUCAAAUGGUCAACUGUUCAAAGUAUCACUGUGUACACAUUAAAUCCUUGUGCCUUUGUUUUCCUUUCCUAAUAUCAGUUAACAUUGCAAAGAAUGUUAGUUUUGUAGAAAUAAAGUCAGUGUUCUCCA